AUGCACACCAAUUACGACUUUCCAACGAUCGUCCUAUGCACGAUCUUCCAACUGAUUCUGAUCUACACCGAAUCCGCCGCGCUCUCAUUCCUCACAUUCGUCUUCUAUUCGCUUUUAGUCGGAAUGCACCUUCUUCAUUUGGCUCGUAGAUGGUAUUAUAACAUUGACGGACGUUACGAUGUUCGUCAAAUCAUUCGUGAUAACGAGAUCACUUUGAGAAUUCAGUACGCUGUCGCCAUCUUCUCCCCAUUGAUCCUUGGAUUCCUCUCCUGGGCGUUCGUCGAGCUCAACAACGGACUCGUUCACUCUCUCUUGCAUGUCGCCGUGCUGAUUCAAGUGACUUUCGCCGUUGGACAGCUCGGACUCGAAUUCUAUGAAGUUUGCAUCGCCAAUAAGAAACAAUGA